GCCAACGACAGUAAUCAUGGUUACCAAUUCUCCCAGCCUGCCUCUCUCUCUCUCAUGGCCACCCUCUUCCCGAAAAGCACAAUUCCUUCAUUUGCCACAAUACUAAUGAUAAUUAAUCUCCAUCAAUGAAUUCGUUUUCACGCAGCCAAAUCCAACCAAAAUAGCGUUUUACAGAUAACGACGAUACGGCAAUCAAACCCAAGAAGAAGAAGAAGAAGAAGAAGAAGACAAGCAACGCGAGAGAGAGGCAGAGUUCUAUUAAUUUCCAUCUCUCUGAUCCUCCCAACUGAAUCGUACGGUGAAAACAGCCCUUUCCCUUUCCCUUUCCCUUUCCCUUUCCCAUCCUCAUCGUCGUUGUCGUCCUUGAGAAGCGUGCCGUCUGACCCACCACCGAAAAACAGAAAGGGGGAAAAGAAAAUUUCCGUCUUUGAGUGAUCUCCCCUGGAUUGGAGCCAAACAGAGCCUUAAUUCUUUGAGCUGCUGACGAGAGAGAGGAGAGGAAACAUGGAGGAAGCAGGAGGGGUGACGAGUGCUGCCCAGCGUCGCAUGAGGGCUAUUCGCGAUCACCUCACCGGAGAUUCUACGUCGUCGACGACGCAGCUGGUUCAGAGUCCCACCGCCGGCGAGUUUUUCUCAGAGCAGGGUUACAGUGCAGUCCUUCCAGAGAAACUGCAGACUGGCAAGUGGAAUGUUUACAGAUCUGCAAGGUCUCCUUUGAAGCUUGUAUCAAGAUUCCCUGAUCACCCCGAAAUCGGCACAUUGCAUGAUAACUUUGUGCACGCUGUCGAUACAUUUCGAGACUACAAGUACCUUGGGACGCGAAUUCGAGUCGAUGGAACUGUCGGAGAAUACAAAUGGAUGACAUUUGGAGAAGCAGGUACAGCAAGAACAGCUAUAGGGUCCGGCCUAAUGUAUCAUGGAAUCGAGAAGGGUGCUCGUGUCGGAUUGUACUUUAUCAACAGACCAGAAUGGCUUAUUGUUGACCAUGCCUGCUCUGCAUACUCUUAUGUAUCAGUUCCACUAUACGACACUCUUGGUCCGGAUGCUGUCAAGUACAUUGUAAAUCAUGCUGUUGUACAAGCCAUUUUCUGUGUGCCUGAAACCCUGAAUUCUUUGCUGAGCUUUCUGUCAGAGAUUCCAUCUGUUCGGGUUAUUGUGGUUGUUGGGGGGAUCGAUGAUCAAAUGCCAUCUCUUCCAUCAUCAACUGGCGUUCAGGUUGUAACCUAUUCAAAGCUGCUCACCCAGGGUCGCAGUAAUCUUCACCCUUUUUGCCCACCAAAACCAGAAGAUACUGCUACAAUCUGCUACACAAGUGGCACCACCGGGACACCGAAGGGGGCUGUACUGAGCCAUGAGAAUCUGAUUGCUAAUGUGGCUGGGGCCACGUUAACCACUAAGUUCUACCCAUCAGAUGUUUACAUAUCAUAUCUACCUUUGGCACACAUUUACGAGCGGGCGAAUCAGGUCAUGACGGCGUAUUUCGGAGUAGCUGUUGGAUUCUACCAGGGGGAUAACUUGAAACUGAUGGAUGAUCUGGCUGCACUUAGACCUACUAUAUUCUGCAGCGUCCCUCGGCUCUACAAUAGAAUAUAUGCCGGUAUUACUAACACUGUGAAGAGUUCUGGCGGACUAAGGGAGAGGCUAUUCAAUGCUGCAUACAAUGCCAAAAAGCAGGCCUUACAGAACGGAAAAAAUGCAUCUCCAAUGUGGGACAGAUUGGUGUUCAACAAGAUCCGUGAAAAACUUGGGGGACGAGUUCGGUAUGUUGUCUCAGGAGCUUCACCAUUAUCUCCUGAUGUCUUGGAGUUCAUGAAGAUCUGCUUUGGUGGAGAAGUUAUCGAAGGGUAUGGAAUGACAGAAACUUCAUGCGUCAUUACUGUCAUGGAUUUAGGUGACAACCAAGUGGGCCAUGUCGGCUCUCCUAAUCCAGCUUGUGAAGUGAAGCUUGAGGAUGUUCCAGAAAUGAACUACACUUCUCAGGAUCAGCCCUAUCCACGCGGCGAAAUAUGUGUGAGGGGUCCCAUCGUCUUCCAGGGCUAUUAUAAAGACGAAACUCAAACGAGAGAAGUGAUCGAUGGAGAAGGUUGGCUACACACUGGAGAUAUUGGAUUAUGGCUACCAGGAGGACGUCUGAAGAUCAUUGACAGAAAGAAGAACAUUUUCAAGCUAGCCCAAGGAGAGUACAUUGCUCCCGAGAAGAUAGAGAAUGUGUAUGCCAAGUGCAGAUUUGUUGCUCAAUGCUUCAUCUAUGGUGAUAGUUUCAACUCUUCUUUGGUAGCUGUUGUUGCUGUUGACCCAGAUGUGUUGAGAGAUUGGGCUGCCUCUCAGGGACUCAAGGUUAGACUUCAAAUAGGUUUCUCCUCCAAAUUCCCAUUUAGCAAAGACUGAUUCUUUGGUAUCAAUUUCAGCACAACGAUUUGGAGCAAAUAUGCAAUGAUCCAAGAACAAAAGCAACUGUAUUAGCGGAGAUGGAUGCUAUUGGUAGAGAAGCUCAGCUACGAGGGUUUGAGUUCGCGAAAGCUGUGACGUUGGUGGCAGAACCAUUUACAUUAGAGAAUGGACUGCUCACACCAACUUUUAAGAUAAAGAGAGCUCAAGCGAAGGCAUACUUCCAGAGUGCGAUAACAGAAAUGUACAAAGAGCUUGCUGCAUCUGAAACGCCUGCUAAGUCAGCAUUAUGACACUAUGCAGAAUCGAAAUCAAGAAUUAUAUGACCGAUUCUCAUGGAACGAAAUGUGCAUCGCCUGAGCCUUCUUUGAAACUACAGAAGUGAAAUCCAUUGGCAUAUUACUUUGUGCUUGGUCCUCUGGCUAUGGCCUGAGAAUAUAAGUGUCCAUUACUUGUUUAUUAUUGACAGAUCUCAUUAGAAGCUCUACAGUAUACAUACUGUAAAUUGAGGGAGAAUUGAAUGAUGGGCGGGUAGGAUGGAUGGAUGAAUGGUUGGUUGGUUGAAGCGUGCUAAACUUUCACUUCUGGUGGUGAGGGGCUGUUCUCCGCUGCCUUUCCUAGGCCAUCAGUUCAGUUUUUCCCUGUCAUAUUUUCAAUUUCAACUGUCUCAUACUGGCCUUUGUUUGUGCUCAUGCAUCGAAAAGUUCGUGGUCUGAAUCUUUACGGAACGAUAGAAGUGAAAUCAAUUGAUAUACAACUUUAUCCUUGA